ACUACUCUCUCUUCCUUCUCUCCCAGCCUUCUCUCACUAAUCUCCUCCCAGAGCCGAGACAUUUUUUCUCCCCCAAAAGAAGAGAUCUCUCCACCCUGUUCCUCUCCCAUUCCUCUGAAACCAUCUCCUGGGUUCGAAUCAGCCAUGGGGCUCUCCGUCACGGCCUCGCUGUCCGACGUGUCCCUCGCCCACUACCGCACCCACAAGGUCUUCCUCCUCUGCAACUACGUCCUCCUUGGUGCGUCCUCGAGCUGCAUCUUCCUCACCCUCUCCCUCCGCCUCCUCCCCUCGGCCUGCGGCCUCCUCCUCAUCCUCCUCCAUGCCUUCACCAUAGUCGGUGCCAUCUCCGGCUGCGCCGCCGCCUCGACUGCGAGCACCUCCAGCAAGUGGUACGGCGCUCACAUGGUGGCGACUGUCCUGACGGCCAUCUUCCAGGGGUCAGUGGCCGUGCUCGUGUUCUCCAGGACGUCGAGCUUCCUCCUGGAUGGGUUGAAGUCCUACGUGAGGGAGGAUGAUGGGGUGGUGAUACUGAGGAUGGUUGGGGGACUUGGAGUGGUGAUCUUUUGCUUGGAGUGGGUGGUUCUGGCAUUGGCCUUUGUGUUGAGGUACUAUGCCUACGUUGAUGGGGAGGGUGGCGGCAAUGCCAUGAAGAGGAGCGCCAAGGUGCAGCAGGGGGAGGACAUGAGCAACUGGCCAUGGCCCUUCCAGGUCUAAUGGACAGAGAAGGAAAAAGGAGAUGCUCUGUUUUGGCUUCGAAUGAGAAGUUAAGGAGUUUAUUAACUAGAUAUAUUUGUUUUGUUUGGGUGGUGGUGUUCUAGCGUACACUGUGGACACUGGAUUUUAUCAUUUUACUUGGCCUUCACUUAGUAAUUAUUUUAUUGUAAUUUUUAUAUUAUUUGUCCUAAAGUUUGUGAUUUUUUACAUAAAGCUUAUGCAUUCGUGGAUUUA